AUGUACAUGGAUAUUCUUGAACAGGAGGUGGAGCACCUCAGUGCAGAGGUGAUGCGGCUGCGCCUCAUGGUGCACCGUGUGACACAGGUGAUGGAGGCACCUCUACCCGAUUCACACCACCACAGCAGCCACGUAGAACCACUGCAGGUGGCACCGCUUUCUACAGUGCCAAGCUCCGGCAUCCCGACAGAUUUAAAAAACACCUUGGACUCGUACAAAGAGUUGCUACCGCUGAUGCAACUGCUUCUGGCGCAGCAGCAGCAGCAGCAGCAACGCAACAAUGCAGAACUCUCCCACGGUCAGCGAAGACAACAGUCGUCACGCCGCCACCGCCGUUCAAGCAGAAAUCUCCGACGUGCCUCAUCUCGCAGAGCCGCCUCAUCUAAUUCUCGAUCUAGCUCACAUGCCGCGCCAUCAAGGAGCCAGUCACAGAGAUCCUCCGACGCCUCGCUUCCCAUAUCCUCGUCACACAAUCAGGGCAACCAGCCAACAAGCCUCCCGUCGCACAAGGAUGCGGGACCGGCACGCACAUCCUCGCCGUCUUUUACCUCCCCCUCCUCCCCGACGCCUGCGGUGCUGAAAAAGAAUGGCCACGAGAAGCGCACUGAGUCCGCGAUGGCGCAGGGGCAAGGUGAAACCCUCUUUACCGGCGAGCGACGUGCGAGCGAGGACUCCCUUCACGUGACGCCAACACGAGAGGAGCCACCAGCGGUAACCGAGCAGGAGAACUCCCCAGACCGCAGCAAUGUCACGCCGCUGGCAACGUCGCAGACCCGGUCGGCGACCACAUCGCUGUCACGGUCAAAAAUGCAUCGCACGAAUGUCAUGGACGCGGCCACAGUUUCGAGUCCAAAGAAGAAAGUUGCCCCAGCGACGGAGCCGGCCGCGGCCGCCUCUCCGCCGUGCCAGUCAACCAGCCUCACCUCAUGCAAACUGCAGCUGGCGCCGUCAGAGCAGGAGGUCGGGCACCGCGCUGCUCGAAACCCAGAAGAAGCGACAGAUCAGUACAGCCUCCCAGCCUUUUCCCCCGGCUGCGAGGCACCGAGCACGCUGGCCGAGUCCCCCGUGUCCAUCAAGCGCGCCUCCGUGCAAACCGGCUCCUUGCAACGUGGUAGUGUUGCGAGCAGCAUCAUCCAUAGUGAACAGGGCAUAUACAACUACAGCGCCCUGCAGUCGGCCUACAGCUCCCCUGCGUUGAGCCAUGUGCCAGAGGGCGCAACAGAAGCAGCGAGGGCAGUCCAAACUACGUCAACGCCAUCGCCGGCACCAUCAGUGCAACUCCCCUCUUCGCAACAGCGUCACAACCAGUUGGCUCUGCAAACAAGUGCACUCUCGCCUGCGCACGAGCAUGCGUCAUCCCCGAGAAGCACAUCUGAGGAGAGCACGGAGGGGGAUGCGGCAGAACUGCAAAAUGCGCUGCAGGCAGUGAUCCCGAGCCCGUACAGAGCAGGCGUGAUCCUCGGUGGCCGCCAGCCUAUUAGCGUGCGGUCGAUGAGCACUCCCUCUCCCUUUGCCACGGCUUCCACCAGAGUGUGUGCUGCUGGAAGCAACCCAACUGCAGCGGCGAUCCUCGGUCGUGACGACCGCGCGAGCGCGGCGUCGCGGGCGAAUCUGUUGCAGGCUUUGCAACCGAUCCCCUCUGACAGCAGCGCGUCCACAUCGUCCUCAUCCAACAUUGCGGAUUUUUGCCAUCCCUCGCUGCGUCAGUCCACCGAAGCGCACCACCGCGAUUCGAGCUUCCACAACUACUCAGACUCGGCCUCGUCGCAGCCGCCAUCGCAGAACGCCGGCACACGUAACUCGGAGGGGUCGCCUGCAGACCCCUACGCGUCCCAGGGCCAGGAUGCAUACAGCCUCGCUUCCUACUCGCUUCAGCACUCCCCAGGACAGAGAGGUAGCGACGCCUCGCCAAACUCGUCGGUGGGCCACCUAGGCUCCAUCUCGGCUGGCGGGUACUACUACGGCUACAACUUGGGCAUCGGCACCCCGAGUCUGCGGAGCUUGGCGCUUUCCCCCAUUGCCGACGCGUAG